AUGUCUUCCAAUAAUGACACUGCUACAAUCCCAAUGACAGAAAUAAAUCCCAAUGAUGUUACUGGAAUGGAGACCAGUGGCCAGAAGACAUUGAGUGAAAAGUUUGUGUUAAGUUUUCACAACAUCAGCUAUCAAGAAACAGUGCAGAGUGGCUUUGCAUUUUGUAAGAAAUCUAGCAAGAUAGAAAAACUAUCAGAUAUCAGUGGGAUCAUGAAACCUGGCCUCAAUGCCAUCAUAGGACCUCAGGACGGGAGCAGAUCUUUGUUAUUAGAUGUCUUAGCUGCAAGGAAAGACCCACGUGGAUUAUCAGGAGAUAUUUUGAUAAAUGGAAAACCUCGACCUGCUAAUUUCAAAUGUACUUCUGGUUAUGUCCCACAAAAAGAUGUGGUGAUGCACACGGUGACUGUGAGAGAGAAUGUAGAGUUCUCAGCAGCUCUUCGACUUCCAAUGUCUAUGCCAAGAGAUGAAAAAAGUAGGAGAAUUAAUGAGGUCCUUGAACUUCUGCAUCUGGAUGAGGAGUCAAAUGUCAAGCCUAGAUCUAAGAAGCUCUUGAAGAGGACCAGUAUAGCAAUGGAGCUAGUCGCCGAACAUCCCAUUUUGUUCUUGGAUGAUCCCACCACUGUCUUAGACAUGAUAACUGCUAUUGAUAUCAUCUUAGUCCUGAGAAGGAUGUCUACGAGGGGACAGACAAUCAUCUUCUCCAUUAAUCAGCCCCCAUACUCCAUCUUCAGAUAUUUUGAUAGCGUCACCUUAGUGGCCUCAGGAAAACUCAUACUUCAUGGCCCUGCACACAAGGCUUUGGAAUACUUCGCAUCUACAGGUCUUAACUAUGUCUUCCUUAACCACCCUGGAAACUUCCUCCUGGACAUCAUUACUGGAGGUUUCUCUGCUAUAUUAGACACAGAAGAAGAUGACCAUGAAGCCAACAAUCAUAAAGAACUUUCUGAGAGACAGCACCAAGUCACAGAACAAUUAGCCAAUAUGUAUGUCCAGUCCUCCUUAUACAAAGAAGUGAGAACUGAACUGGAUCCACUCUUGGGGGAACAGAAGGCCGGGAGGAGCUCAGCCUUGGAGGAGGUCACGUGUGUCACCCCUUUCUGGCAUCAGCUCUGGUGGAUUAUCUGUCGUUCAUUCAAAAACUUCCUGGAUUUUUCAUGGUUCACUACAAUUCAGGCAAUCAACUCAGUCAUGGUGGCCAUAAUUGUGGGUACUAUCUUCCAUUUCCUACAAGAUGAUUGUAUUGAAGUCCAGAGGAGAGCCAGCCUACUAUUCUCACUCACCGUCUUCCAGUGUGUGAUAAGCAUGUAUCCCAGGAACCUCUUUGUGAUCGACAGGAAUCGCUUUCUACACGAGCAUACCAGUGGAUACUACAGAGUGUCAUCAUAUUUCCUUGGGAAAUUUCUGGCUGAGCUGGUACCCAGGGUGUUAUUGCCAAGUAUCAUAUUCACUGUUGUGGUAGUCAGCAUAGCAGGAAUCAUAAAAGAUCUGAAGAGAUUCUUCACUAUGUUGUUUACCAUCAUGAUAUUGGCUUAUUCUGCCAGUUCCCUGCUGCUCUCUAUAGGAACAAGGAAUAAUAAAGUGACAACACCAACAGUACUUAUGACGACCUACUUUGUGUUCAUGCUGUUUUUCUCAGCUCUGGAAAUAUAUUCAGGAAGCUUACUACCUGGACUUUCUCCCAUUCAAUACAUUAACAUUCCUCAUUAUGGAUUCACAGCUUUGCUACACAAUGAAUUCUUGGGGCAAAACUUCUGUCCAGAGCACAAAACAGCAAAAAUAAGUAGCUGUGAGAACUAUGUAAUAUGUACUGGUGAAGAAUUCUUGAUGAUCCAGGGCAUUGAUCUCUCACCAUGGGGCUUCUGGCAGAAUCAUGUGGCCUUAGUUUGUAUAAUGAUUAUCUUCUUAUCAAUUACCUAUGUGCGGUUAUCAGCACAGAACAAAGUAAAAGUUCUUAAGUCUUGUUGGAGGAAGUUUCAACAGUUGUUUUAAGAGAUGUGAUUCCAAACUAUUCUAACUAUGUAUACUCAUGGACAAAGGCUACCGCCAACAUUACCAGGAAAAAAUUCCCAUUGUAAUGACCUGUGGUGAGUACAGAGA